AUGUCGACUAAUGCCAAAUUUGAGAGGUCCGUGCGAGCGAAAAGGAAACUGUACGGGAACGUAGUGCAAUUCAUCGUGCUAUAUGGUUCCCUAAUAUGGGGAGAGAGACUGUCAAAGGUCAAAAGCCUCCAAAGACCAUUGAGGCAGGUGCAGAGACUGGUCGCGGUACGGAUCAUCGCGAAGUAUCGUACCGUUGCAUACGACAUAGCGAUACUACUUGCCCGCACUCCACCGUGGACACUAUUAUCCGAAAAGUAUAUGGAAACCUACUGGCGCAUCAAACAGCACAUCUUAGAUGGUACGCUGGAUAGAGCAACGGAGAAACGAAUUAGGAAAGAAGAAGAUGACUCCCUGAUGACGAAAUGGAAAAAUUCUAUUCGACAAAGUCCUACUAUCGCUGGUAGUAACAAUCCAGCUAGAAGAGCCAUAUGUGAACAUUUGGAAGAGUGGCUGAAUAGAAAUCAUGGAGCAAUUAACUAUAGGGUGACACAAAUGUUGAGUGGACAUGGCUGUUUUCGAGCAUUCCUCCACAAAAUCGGUAAAGAGGACAACAGUAAUUGCUUACAAUGUGUGGGAUCGUCUUCUUGGAAUGCAAAGGAGGAUACAGCUAACCACACCAUGGUAGAGUGCCUAGCUUGGCAUGCUGAGAGAGAGCAGCUCCUAGCUACGAUGAAAUGCCAACUUACCUGGAGGAAUAUUAUCUCUGAAAUAUGUCAAAACAAAGAUAAAUGGAAAAGUGUAAAUAGUUACGUGCAAACUGUAAUAAAACAAAGGAAGAGCUCGAGAGAAUUAGGGAAAGAUAGAGACAUACUAAUGAUCGAGGAAUAG